AUGUACGCCAACGCAAUCGUCGCCUUCGGCCUGGCCACCCUCGCCAGUGCUCACAUGAAGAUGAGCUCGCCCGUCCCCUACGACGCCGCCAACCUCAACAACAGCCCCCUGGAUGCCAGCGGCAGUGAUUUCCCUUGCAAGGCUAGCAGCUACAACGCUGCUGGUGCCUCCAACGUCUACGCUCAGGGCGCCACCGGCGAACUCGCCUUCAUCGGUUCUGCUGUCCACGGCGGUGGAUCUUGCCAGGUUUCUAUCACCUACGAUGCUAAGCCCGACAAGAAUAGCGUCUGGAAGGUCAUCAAGUCCAUUGAGGGAGGCUGCCCGGCCAAGAAUACUGCCGGCAACCUCGGUGACAAUGCCAACCAGCAGGGCAAGGACACGUACGAUUUCACCAUUCCCAAGGACAUCCCCGCCGGUAACGGUACCAUCGCUUGGACUUGGUUCAACAAGGUCGGAAACCGCGAGAUGUACAUGAACUGCGGACCCGUCACCAUUACCGGAGACGCCGGCUCUCAGACUGCCUAUGAGGCCCUUCCCGACAUGCUCGUUGCCAACAUCAACGACUGCAAGGUCACUGACAGCACCGAUCUCAAGUUCCCCAACCCAGGCUCUUCUGUUGACAUCUUUGCUUCUGGCGAACUCACCGAGCUCCCCGAUACCCCGGCCUGCAAUGCGCUCAAGGCUGGUGGUGGUUCCGGCGGCGGCUCUACCGGCUCUCCUGCCCCCAGCUCUACCGCCGGUAACGGAGGUGCCGCGCCCACUUCUGCUCCUACCUCCGCCCCGGCUUCAUCCAAGCCCUCCGCUUCCAAGCCUACCGGCAACGCCUCCCUUCCCGGCGGCGUCUUCAUCACCGUUCCCGCCAACGGUGGCGCCUCGGCCACUCCUACUGCCUCUGCCUCCGCUACUAAGGCACCUGCAGUUACUCCCAGUGCUGCCCCUUCUGCCGCUCCCUCCGCCGCUCCCUCGUCUGGCACCGGAAGCGGCAACGGCACCACCGCCGGUGCUCAGACUGUCGGCGCCGCCUGCACUGAUGAGGGCGCCUGGAACUGUGUCGGAGGCAGCUCCUUCCAGCGCUGCGCUAGCGGUACCUGGUCAUCUGUCCAGGCCCUCGCUGGCGGUACCUCUUGCACUGCUGGCAUCAGCGCCGAGUUGAGCAUGGUUGUGACCCGAAACGGCCGCAAGCGUGCUCUCCGCCAGCGCUCCCUUCGCUUCCGUUCCGCCUAA